UUAAAAUAGUUCCAUGGUUUUUGUUUUCUUAUUGAAAAAACCAAUUUAUCAAAGGAGUUCUGUUUUUUGUUUUUUUCCAAAAUACUAACACGAAAUUCUUUCCGAAGACCAAAUUCCAACUUUUUAUAUAUCGGCGUGGAAGAAGAAGAAGAAGAACAUCAGACUUCUACUGCUGCUUGCUUCACGCAGAAGGUUCUUUUUCUAUGCAUAAAAGAUUCUCCCAUUUAUCUCAACUAUUAUAUAUAUAUACACAUACAUAAUACAUAUCGACAAUGAUAAAACUCACACACAAAGGGUUCCGUGCUAAUUUUGUUCUCACCCAAUUCCAAGAAUUAGUUGACUUUAUAUCGAGGGAAAUCAAGGGUUUUUUUGCGGCAAAGCUAGGGUUUUGAGGACGGUAUCCUUGGUGGGUUUGCUGAGAUUUGGGCUAUUUUUACUGAUUCCUCAUGUGGGUCGGUCGAAAUUAGGGUUUCUUUCAGAAUUCUUUGGUGGGUCUGUUGGAAACUUUGUUUUUUGUUUUUUUGCUGAUUUGAUUGAAGGGCCUGCGAUAUUUGGUGUUUCAUCGAGGAUUCAAGUGCAAUAUUAGAGUCUUGUGGAAGCUAUCCUUGGUGGGUUUAUUUGGAUUUGAGUUGUUAUUGUUGAUAUCAACUGUGGGUGGGAAAUAAUUCGGGGGUUUGUCAAGUGCUAAGCUCUGGAGUUAGAAAUUUCGGUUUUUGGGUGAGGGCAUAUGUGAAUAGGUGAAUUAGCUUUUCUUUUUUCCCAUUGUUGAGUUUGAUUGUUAUAUGAUGCUUUGGGAUUAGCCGAGAGAAUCUUGGAAUAGCAUAUUCUUGUGUUUGGAGACUGGUGUUUUUUGUAAGAUCGUGGUAAUUGCAUUUGGAUAAGAUGAGUUCAAGUAUUUCAGGAAGUGUGGUGCAAAGGGGCAAACUUCUGGUUCAUAUUGCGGAAAACGGGCAUUCGUUUGAACUAGAAUGUGACGAAUAUUCCCUAGUUGAGGAGAUCCAGAGAUGCCUAGAAUCUGUUUCUGGGAUUCACUUAAAUGACCAACUGCUCUUAUUCUUGGACAUGAAGCUGGAUCCUCAGCGCCCUCUUUCGUUCUAUAAAUUACCAUCCAAUGAGGGAGAGGUAUUCUUGUUCAAUAGAGGAAGAAUGCGAACUAAUUCUGUGCCUCCUGCAUCGGAGCAAGUUGAAAUAGUCGAAAUUCCGGACCCACCAUCACCUUCCUCCUCCCAUAACCCCCACCCUUUGGAUGAUGCCUUGGACCCUGCCCUCAAAGCAUUGCCUUCUUAUGAGAGGCAAUUUAGGUACCAUUACCAGUAUGGGCUUGCAAUUUACAGCCGCACCCAAACGAAAUUUGAGCAUUGUGAGAGGUUGUUGAGGGAGCAGAAGGUGCAAGAGAGAGCGUUGGAGAUUGCCAGGGGUAAUUUGGACCAUUUCUACAAAAUGAUUCACCAGAACUACACAGAUUUCAUCAAGUGUUACUCGCAGCAGUUUCGUAGCCAUUCCAAUCUGAUAGGGAAUUUCGGUAGAGAUAUUGAGAAGUUAAAAUGUUGCGAACUUCUCCCUGCUUUGCAAACAGCUAUGCGAAAGUGCUUACUUGAUUUUGUGAAGGAAGAGAACUUGCGAAAGGUGGUGGAGGAUUGUAGCAGUUCCCACAGGCAAUUUGAGAAUAAGGUUUCGGAGUUUAAACAGGAGUUUGGAGAGCUAAAGCGGAGUGCUGAGCAGUUGUUUACUAGCAAAGCUUCCUAUCUUGUCAGGGACUUGGAACUGGCAAUUAAGGAGCACCAGCGAUAUGUUAGCGAACAAAAAAGUAUAAUGCAAGCUUUGAGCAAAGAUGUAAAUACGGUGAAGAAACUUGUGGAUGACUGUGUUACCAGUCAGUUGUCCUCUUCCCUCCGUCCUCACGAUGCAGUUUCAGCCUUGGGUCCUAUGUAUGAUGGCCAUGACAAAAACUACCUUCCUACAAUGCAGGCUUGUGACCGUGCAAUUUCCAAUUUACUUGAUAUCUGCAAGGAUAAGAAAACCAAAAUGAACAAUUUUGUGCAUAAUUACAUGCAAAAGAUAGCAUUUAUUCAAUACACCAUCAAAGAUGCACGGUACAAGUUUUCUGUUUUCACGGAAGCCAUGAAGCGGCAAAAUGAUCAAUUUGAAUACUUGAAGGUUGUCCGUGGGAUUGGCCCCGCCUACAGGGCAUGCCUUGCAGAAGUAGUGAGAAGAAAGGCUUCAAUGAAGCUCUACAUGGGUAUGGCUGGGCAGUUGGCUGAAAAGCUUGCAACAAGGAGAGAGGCUGAGGUCAGGAGGCGUGAGGAGUUUCUGAAAGCAAAUAGUUCAUUUAUACCAAGGGAUAUUUUUGCUUCAAUGGGAUUAAAUGAUACUCCUAACCAGUGUGAUGUCAAUAUAACUCCUUUUGACACUAACUUGCUUGACAUUGACAUAUCAGAUAUAGACCGUUAUGCUCCUGAACAUUUGGUAGGACUAUUGUCAAAGAGCGAGAAGCACGGUAGUUCAAGGGGUUCGUUUUCUCCAUCCAGUAGCUCUCAUUCAGCUGAAAUUGAAGAAAAUGCCAUUGACUCCCUUGAGAAAUAUGAGAAGGAGGAGCUCCUUGACGGCUCUGAGUUGAUAGAGAUUGCUGGAACUAGCAAGUUGGAAGUUGAGAAUGCAAAACUGAAAGCCGAACUCGCUUCAGCUAUAGCCCUAAUUUGUUCCUUCAGCCCUGAAGUUGAAUACGAAUCGCUUGAUGAUAGUAAAGUGGACAGUUUGUUGAAAAAUGCAGCAGAAAAGACUGCCGAAGCCUUGCAUUUGAAGGACGAAUACGGGAAACACCUGCAAUCUAUGCUAAAGAUUAAGCAAAUGCAGUGUGGGUCGUAUGAAAAACGGAUUCAAGAAUUGGAGCAGAGGUUGUCCGAUCAAUAUUCACAUGGAAAUAGGAUUCCAGUUGAUAAAAACUUUGACCUAUCAAAUGUGAAGACUGGUGAUAGCAAAUCAGAAAUCUGCGGUGAACACAUGGAUGAGGUUUCUUGUGCCUCUACUUCUUUGAAUUUAAAAUUAGGUUUUUUCCCUAAACAGAUUAGCAAACCUUCUGAAGGAUUGGAUGAGAAUAUGACAGACUCGUCUUCAGUGCAAAAUCCUCAACUGGAUUCAUCAAUGCUGGAACUACCUCGUGAUGAGGUUCAGGAUAAUGAGAAAGAUGGGAAAGAUACUGUGGCAACCAGUUACACUGAGAGCAUGACUCAAACGCUAAAUAAUUCACCAGCUGAAACAAUUGCUGAAAGGGGUUUAGAUUCUAAAGCUAGUAGCGAUCUUGUGGUGGAAUUGCAGAAUGAAGUUGCAGAAAAGUCGAGUAUAUUGAGUGAGACUGAAACCAAGCUGAAAACCCUAGUGGAGGAGGCUGCCAAGCUUGAAAGGGAGCUGGAAAUCAGCCGUAAGCUUCUGGAUGAAUCUCAGAUGAACUGUGCUCACUUAGAGAAUUGUCUACAUGAAGCAAGAGAGGAAGCCCAAACUCAUCUUUGUGCAGCCGAUAGAAGAGCCUCAGAGUAUAGUGCAUUGCGUGCGUCAGCAGUAAAGAUGCGUAGCCUUUUUGAAAGAUUAAGGAGCUGUGUUUCUUCAGGUGGGGUGGGCGGAUUUGCUGAGUCCUUGCGUGCUCUAGCUCAUUCUUUGGCCAAUUCUGGUAAUGAUAAAGAAGAUGACGGUGCUGCUGAGUUUCGAGAAUGUAUCCGGGUGCUUGCUGAUAAAGUUGGUGUUUUGUCAAGGCACCGUGCGGAGCUGCUUGAUAGGAAUUCAAAGGCCGAAGCUACACAAGAGCAACUGAAAAAGGAGUUGGAAGUAAAGAAAGAGAGUUUCAAUACUUUGUUCUUAAAGCUUCAACUGGAGAAGCAGGCAAACAAGGAGAAAAUUUCUUUUGGGCGCUUGGAAGUCCACGAAAUUGCCGCAUUUGUCCUCAACUCUUCUGGCCAUUAUGAGGCGAUCAAUCGUAACUGCCCUAACUACUAUCUCUCUGCUGAAUCCGUGGCCUUGUUUUUGGACAAUCUCCCAAACAGGCCUAGCUACAUUGUUGGGCUUAUCGUGCAUAUUGAACGACAGACUGUGAAGCUGCCACCACAUCAGACUUCAGAUCAACUAGCUUUUUUCCCUGUGACCUCCGACUCGGGACCCAGUCGGUUGUCCUUGAAUUCAGGAUCAACUUCAAACCCUUACGGUCUCCCGGUUGGCUGUGAAUACUUUGUAGUGACAGUAGCCAUGUUACCUGAUACCACCAUUCAUUCGCAGCCUACUUCCUGAUCUUUUGCGAAAAUGAAGAUAUGGACAUGAUGGAAGAAACCAAGUGUAGAUAUUAUAUAUCAACAUAUAACUUCAAAACAUUAUUCAAGAUAACAUUUCAUGAUGGUGGGAGAUUAGGUUGAUUUUCUUUCUGUACAGUAGAUGAUCUAUGAUUCAGUUUUAUCUCACUUUUGUAUAUAAAGGAGCUGCUCGUUUGAUUUAGGGAUAAUCUGUGAAUAUUUUGAAUUGUAGGUGACAAAAGCUUUGUUUGUUCAAA